AUGGUGGAACGAGCCGGCGAAGGGAAAACGUAUCAUACAAUUCAAAUCCUUGCGCGAGGGGCAGUGUGGGCGUAUUUUCGUCAUGUGAAAGUGAUAUGUCGAGCACCUAUUCCUACAGACGGACCGUUACUGGUGGCGGCCAAUCAUACCAACAUGGUACUCGAUCCGGCCAUGCUCGUCGCCACAUUUCCUCAUGCUCGGCCUUGUCAUUUCUGGGCAUUGGCAAGAUUUUUUCGAAUGCCUCUCGCAGGACACAUACUCACCGCGGCCGGCGUCUUACCCGUCGAUACCAAAACUCACAGUAACGCCAAAUUGUUUGAACACACCUUGGCCUGUCUGGAAAAACAAGGCGUCGUCGCUCUGUUUCCUGAAGGUACCUCGUAUACGGCACCGAAACACUUGCCGUUUAAGGAUGGUCUGUCAUGGGCGACUUACGAAUAUCUGACUCAACAAGUGAACAAUUCUAAAACGGAGGGACCGCGUCAUAUCGACAUCAUCCCCGUGGGCAUCACCUAUACCACCAAAAAUAAAUGGCGCAGUGACGUGAUUGUAGAGUAUGGUGAGCCUAUUCGUGUCACCACCGACGAUCUUGCGGCAUUUCAAACCGAUUCAAGAGCGGCUGUCAAAAAGCUUACUGCCCAAAUCACAGCCGAGGUUGAGAAAGGCACAGUGAACAGCCCAGAUUGGGAUACAGCCCAUGCUGCCGCACAGGCACGCUCCAUUGUGUUUGGCGCCGAUCGAGCAGUCCGAUUGGAAGACUAUGUCAAAGUGGCGCAAAGCUUUACCGAGAUUUUUCAUCCCGAUCGAACCGUGGAUCCGGACAAUCCUCGAACGAAAAUCAAAACUCAGUUGCUCAUUUUCUCCGAAACCCUGAAACGGCUUCGUUUAACGUCGCAAGAUAUUCGAAUGUACGAAAACAGAGAAAUCACACUAACGCGUGCGGUGCUGAGGUUGAUUUCCACUUCCAUGGCCUUGGCAGUUCAGAUCCCUUUCUUCCUUCCCGGUAUCCUUUUCAACUCGCCCAUCUACAUCCUCGGCAAACUCGCCAACAAAUACGAGAAAUACACUGAAACUGUAUCACAAGACAAACUGUUGAUCUCGGUGGGUCUCGCUUUACCAAUGUACAGCACUCUUUUUUACAUGAUGUGGAAAGCCAUGGAUUUUACGCUUGUCGGGUUCACCGUACCCAUCUUUUUGAUCCCGUUGUUCGUCUGGUAUCAUAUGGCUUUCAUCGAUAAACGGUACGAUAUGGCCAAACAAGUCAUUGCCUCGUGGCGAACGUUCGUCGCUGUCGCCGCCGGGGCCAUGGGCGUGCAAGCCGCCAAUCAACGACGAGAACUUGAAGAAGCCGUAUCCCUAAGACGAUGGUGCCAACGCCAUGUGAAACAGUUGCUCGUCGAUCUCGCUCGUCAAGGCGAUCCUCAUGCCACUUACUUGGUCGACUAUGGAAAACCCCUCUUCAACUUGACCGCAUCCACCUCCUAG